AUGCCACCCAAACGAUCGGCCGCCGUAGCGGCGAAAAGCUCUCAUCGAAAAGCCCCAACCAAAGCCUCGGCUAAAGCUUCGACCACUUCCUCUUCGCGCAAGAGGGCGCGAGAAGACACACUCCCAGAAAAAGCUGGCCCGAAGCGCCAAAAAGCCGCGAGCAAAGGCCUCAAUCACCCUCCAACGCAGCGCCUAAACGCCUAUGUUUUCGGGGGAAACGAAAAUGGCGAGUUGGGGCUUGGACCAUCGGCAGAUGAUGAGGUUGUUCGACCGCGAUUGAACCCUCAUCUCGCGGGCGCUGGAGUCGUGCAGUUGGCGGUUGGCGGCAUGCAUUGUGCUGCUCUUACCCAUGACAACAAAAUUCUAACGUGGGGCGUUAAUGACCUUGGUGCGCUUGGUCGAGACACUACUUGGGAUGGUGGCCUCGUGGACAUUAGCGAUGCUGAGGAUGAUGUUGAUGCUGAGAGGAAUCCUAAGGAGUCGACGCCUGGUGAGGUGGAUCUGACGGGUGUCCCUGAGGAUACUAUCUUCACGCAAGUAGCUGCUGGCGACAAUUGCACCUUUGCGUUGACUAGUCAAGGUACCAUCUAUGGCUGGGGAACUAUGCGAUCAAGCGACGGGGUCAUCAGGUUUCAACCGGAUAUUGAUAUCCAGCGAACCCCCACCCCAAUGCCCGGAUUGAAGAACAUCACCAAGAUCGCUGCCGGGUGUAAUCACAUCCUAGCCCUGUCCUCGGAUGGGAAAGUCUACACCUGGGGUUUCGGCGAACAGAGUCAGCUCGGACGCCGCGUUCUUCAACGCAGCAUGGGCAGCUGGGGUGGGCUCAUCCCUCGCAACCUUGGCCUGAAGAACAUUGUCGAUCUCGGAAGUGGCUCCGACCAUUCAUUUGCCAUUGAUGCGAGUGGCAAAGUGUAUAGCUGGGGCUCGAAUAACUUUGGACAAACUGGUAUCUCGACAAAUGCCGGUGGACUUUCGGCUACGGUAACCAUUCCCACUGUGGUGGAGAGUCUGACGAAUCUACAGUCGGGUACAAUCUUGCAGGUCUCGGGGGGGAACAAGCAUAGCCUCGCACGCAGUAGCGAAGGACACUGUUAUGCCUGGGGCCAGCUUGACGGCUACGCUACUGGAAUGAAGCUGGAUAAUCUUCCCGACGAGGGUGUGAUUCGCGACGCUCGCGGAAACCCGCGCAUUCUAACACAACCAACUCCUCUCCCGGAUUUGAGGGUGAGUUUCGUGGCUGCCUGUGGUGAUCAUUCCAUCGCCAUUUGUCAAGAUGGUCAACCCUUCAGCUGGGGUUUCAACAGUGGCCAUCAGACGGGCCAGAAGGAUGAUAACGAUGUUGAAGUUCCUACGAAGAUCGAGUGUAAAGCGACGCGAGGCAAGGAAUUUCUCUGGGCGGGAGGCGGUGGCCAGUUCAGUGUUCUGGCUGAGAAGGUCGCCUUGGACGAAUAG